AUGGGGAAAACACAAGAAGGGAGAGUUAACGGGGAGGAUCGAAUAAGUGAGCUCCCCGACGAGAUCAUAGCAACCAUUCUUUCUCGAUUGAGCAGUAAGUACGCAACAAGAACUUGUCUUCUCUCUAAGAGGUGGAGAUAUCUGUGGACACAAGUUAGAUGUCUCAACUUUGAUAUUCCGCCGGCGGGUUGGAAAAGCUAUUGUUGGAUUUGUUGCCAGCGAACUGGAGAAGAAUGCGAGCAUGGUGUAAAAUUCAAGUCGGUUACUCAAUUCUUCAGAUUGCAUCAGGGAACUCUAGAUCGAAUCACAAUGUCAGUCUCUCCCACUGGAUACUAUGGGACGCUUUGCCGAGAAACUCUUUCGAAAAUAAUCCCUGCUUGGAUCGAAUUGGUAGUGCCGAAGAGAGUUCAGAGUCUAGAGAUAGACUUGUAUAACUGUGGACACUAUGAAUAUGAUCAGGUAUAUCUGCUGGAGCCAUUUCAAAGCCCUCUUGGUGUUUCAUGCAUCAAGUACCUUAAGCAGCUCUCUUUGAAAGGCCCUGGAAUAAGAGGUGAAAUUGUUGAGCACUUUCUAUCCAACAGCCCUCUACUUGAGCACCUAAGUAUUUCUGGCUCGACAAACUUGAAAGUUUUCGGUUCUUCAUCCUUGAAGUUCCUGCAGAUAAGUGAUUGUGAAUUUCUAGAUCCUCAAGUCGAGAUUUCUGCUCCUAAUCUUGUAUCAUUUGUCUACAGUGGAAUUUCAGGGGCGUAUCCGAUUCUGAAUCACUAA